GCAAUAUCUGCCAUAUGGAGAAGUGAUAGGCUUUACGAAUUGACAAUAAGUUUGUCUUAAGUAUGUCCAUAACCGCCUUUAACGGAUUAUCAUAGUUUACAGGCUUUUGGGAUUUGUAACUGAUACUGCUCAGAUUUGUUACAAAAGGGAUAUUCAUAAAAUACUUAUCUAAUAUACUGAGCAUUGUGACAUUAAAGGUAAUUCGUGCCGAAGCAUAGAAAGAUAAAUAAGUCUACGAGAAAAUAUCAUCAAUGGAAAUUUUCUGGUACUGAUAUAUACUUCCCAAAGGAAAUGCAACCUUCAAACGAAUUGAUCACCCUGAUGACAAGUUCUCGAUAUUAGCUUGAAGGCUUGUGGCGGCGUCGUGAUUUCUGUACCGGAGGGAAUCAUUUUCUGAAUUAUUUUAAAAGAGACUAUGACAUUUUUGCCCUCUGUCAUAGCGCUCUACAUUGAUAAGUAUUUAUAGUGGCGUUAGUGUGCCACGUGCGUAACACGAUUUUCACUGCAUUGAUUAUUUGUACAUAACAUCGUCAAGCUUUGAUAACAUAUUAGAUAACUUUCAUUUCGCGGGGAUACGGAUGUUCAAGAUAUUUUAUAGUGGCAAUAUAUCUUCGUAGAACAAGUGAUCUCUGGGCUCUAUUUGUUCUGCAGUGAUACAGUAUCGUAGUGUUACUGAAAACCUAUAAUUAUUAAACACGUAGUAUUACAUGAAUAUACACGGUGGCAUUUUUGAUCAAAUACUAUUAUGUCUAUACGUUCUGUAGAAAAACCACUGCCAUCAUAUCUGGAUUCGAACUUUUCACUAAUCAGCCACUCUUCUUCGGUAGACAGUCUUGACUAUUCCGAUGAGGGGUUUGUUUUCGAUGACGAAAUUACCCCGACUGAAGUUAAAAUGACGGACAGUUUAGAGGACAACACUGCAAAUAAAGCGAAAAAUAUGGGAAAUUCUGAGGCCACCAAAGACAGCUUAGAAGACAAAGUAAAUGGAGAAAAUGGAACAGAACAAAAACAAACUGCUAGUACAAAAAAUGAAGCUGAAGAGCACGUCCAAAAGAAAGAACAAAAACAAACUAAAAGUAAAAUACCUAAAAGUAAAACGUUUGACACAAGUUCGUCAGUUUUCAAUAAUAAGAGUCCUGGAUUUAAAUUUCAAGACGAUAUUCCAGGCGGAAGUAAUCGCAAUCACGUGUUUAUGACGUCACAGGAAUGCAUGGUAGUACCCGGAUGUAGUAAGCUUCCAAGGGAGACAAUCGCAAGUAGGUUGCGAUUCGAGAAACAACAUUCACAAGACAAAGGUGCAUCACAAAGCAAUAUGAACUCUCCAGGUGGAGACGGAUAUCACAGAGGGUGUUUUCCAGAUGGGUAUCAAACUCCAUCACAAAGAAAGGAUCUGUUAAUCAGAGAUUUGAGACGCCAAGUUAGAGAAAUAAAAAUCACAUGUGAGGAAAAGGAUCGAGAAAUAUCGAUGUAUAAACAACAUGUUGAUGAAGAAACCUCAAAGCUUGUUCAGGCAAAAGAUGAAGAGUUAGAGAGACUACGGGAAGAACUGAAGCAAGUUAAACAAAGCUAUGAUGACAUUUCUAACUUUUGUGAAGAAUCGGUCACUGCUGCUACAGUACUAGAGAGAAAGGCAACUGACCUGAAGAGUGCAAUGGAUGACAGGGAGAAACAACAUCAGAAAAUUUAUCUAGAGAUGUAUCGGAAGGGACAAGACUCUGCAAGGUUUGAACGAGAAGAAGAGCUUGAGAGACUUGCAAGUGCUGGUGGAUGCAAAGUGACUAUUUCCGAGCUUGUCAAGAAACUUGCCUGGACAGAGCUGGAGCUUGCAAAAUGGCAGACCAUCAGACGACAAGAAAGCUACCAUGAUGCAAUGCGACCGGAAACGGAAGCGGAAACGAUAUUGAGGUUCUUGAAGGAUUCUUUCUUCCAUUAUAUUACUGACGAGAAAGAUUCUGAUCACCACCUUCGUGCUAUGGUGAAAAUAUUUAAAUACACUGAACCACAGAUGAAGAAAAUACGAGAAAGCAAGCUCAUAGAGAACUUAGAAAAAAGAACUAGAAAGAAAACGAAAAGAAGAUAAAUUCGAAGAAACUUAAUUUAAACAUAGAAGGUUGAUUGGAAGCUUCCGCCACACAGUGACUUAAGAUAGUUGUCGGUUAUGCCGUCUCAUUGUAAUUGUUCGUGAUACAUAGAGUUUACCACCUGCACAUCAUUUUAAAUUGUUUAAUGUGCAAAGCAUGUGAAUUGCUAUACAUGUAUAACAUUAUGAAGUACUUAAAUAUCCUAUGAAACAAACAUAAUUUUAAGACUGCUAAACAAGAUAUAAGAGCAGUAAUUUGUGUUUAAUAUACGUCCAUGGUUUGGUCAAAGUCAGCUGCUAUUAAAUGUCUUAUAAAUA